CGUUUCUGUGAAAUCUGUCCCCAGUUCAGUGUGAACUGGCCUUGUGCUUAAUCUUCAAUCUGAGUGAUGUACGAAGGCAGUCGGGCAGGGGAGCAAAGGGUCCUGAGUACUUGUCAUGACCAGCAGCCUUCGCGACCAUCAAGUCUCACGCUCUUCAUUUUCGAAUGGCUUACCUUUCUUGGACCAGAUUCCGAGCUCCCUCUGCCCUGCCCCCAGGACAUUCGUCAAAGACAAUCAGCACCAGUGGCUUAGCAUUACAGGAGCGCUCACUGUGGGCCUGGUGCGACAGUGUCAGACAAUCCACGGACGAGACCGAACUUGCAUCCCGCCUCGACUGCCCCCAGAGUGGGUCACCACGCUGUUUUUUAUCAUCAUGGGAAUCAUUUCAUUGACUGUCACUUGCGGUUUGCUGGUGGCUUCCCACUGGCGAAGAGAAGCUACAAAAUACGCUCGAUGGAUCGCGUUCACUGGAAUGAUCCUUUUCUGUAUGGCUGCCCUAAUAUUUCCAAUAGGAUUUUACAUCAAUGAAGUCGGAGGCCAACCUUAUAAAUUACCCAACAACACAGUAGUUGGGUCGUCAUACGUACUUUUUGUCUUAUCGAUUUUCUUUACAAUAGUAGGACUUCUCUUUGCUGGCAAAGUUUGUUUACCAGGCUGAUGAAUGUCUAAAUUGCUUGACUCUUUUAUUAUUUUAUAUUUUAUUUUAUUUUUUAUUUCUUGGAGGGCGAGGAGGACAAAGGCAAGGCAUCUGAGUAGUCCUCUCAUGGGAAGAUGCUCAGAUGAAGCUGAUGCUGGAAAGAAAAACAAAACGCUUUGAUUUGUUCUCACUAUGCACUUUGGAUUUUAAAAAUAAUGAGAGCCUUUCCCAUAACCAAAUACAGACAAUAUUGACUUAAAUCUCCGGAGCCUAUUCAGGCGGUCAGGUCCACACUGCGAAAGCAACCUAGAAGGAGGGCACUUUACACCGAAGACGACGUGGCCCUCGGUGACUCUGCUGUUCCGUUUUUAACGUCUAACGAUUCAUUCGAGGAACACACGUGCUCAGUGGUAACGGAUCGAGGUGGACCGGACGGAUGUACGAGCGUCGCAGCCUCCGUCCGCUGCCGGGAGCCUCGGGCACCGGUGCCACCGGCGUCGCUGCACCCAGAGGCCAGGAGAUCAAAACUCGUUUGCGAAAAUGUCUGUAAAAAUUCUGAAAUGCCCUAUUCUCUGUGUACAAAAGAAAAAAAAAAUCAAACACUAAGAAACAUGUCUCUGGGGGUGGCGGGGGGGAAAUGUUCCUUAUAUUUAUAUAAAUAUAUAUAUAAUAUAUAUAUUUUGCUGAUGCAGUAUACAGUGUGUAUAUAUGUGCGUGCGUGUGGGUGUGUCAAUUUACACACACACACAUGCAAACAGUUCCUGGAAGAGAACUCCGAAUGCUUCGCUAGCGAAACACUGUGGUGUGCAAACCUAGAACUCAAUAGAAAAAAAGCCAUUUAUCUGAAGGCUGCGUAGCGGAGAGAGUCUUCAGUUUACCUCAUUCUUUGUAGCAGCCCUAAUUUCAACAGGUUUUUGUAAUAGGUACAAAUAAUCCCACAUCUUUCUAGGUGCAACUUUAAGUUAAGCUAAAAUUCCUGGCAGGAUUAAUUUAUUUGUAUACGGUAGUAGGAGGUAAGAUCACGUCAAACCUUGUCAUUUGGGGAAUCUGACACUAUUUAGACCAUCGGCAACUGCUGUCUGUCGUGCAGAGCUGCUUUUUCUACCGGCUCAGUCUGUUGCAUUAAUGAUGCAUCUUAUGUGUUCGAGCGCACAAAACGGAAAUACAAAGUUCUCCAGUAACACCGAUAUUUCAGCUCCUUACAACACUCACAUCACUCUGCUCUAAAAAUUAUAUUUAUGUCCUUUUCACCUGUAAGCAUUAUUAACACAUCUUCUUUACCAAAAACCUGAGCAAUACGAUGCUUCCUUUGUAUGCUGUUCGCCUUCGUUGGCUGAGCGCUAAACACUUCCACGUUUACUUUAAAGGGCUGCGCUAACCCCUCAGCUUUCCGUUUUUUCCUAAGAGAAGCAUCGCAGCUCAUCGUCGCACCCGCAGCUGGGUUUCAAGUGCAGUGUUUCUCCUCGUCACGCCUCCACGCCUUGGUGUCUGCCCAGCGUUUGUUCCCGGCAGACGCCAUAGACGAUCUCCCGUGGGAAACGUGGGGCAGGAGCGUCCUUCGUGGCAAUGAGUGUAAGUUUUCGUGGCCGUGGGGCUGAGCUUUUCUUCUCCACGGUGAGACGGCAGCCCAGAUGUCCCCGUCAGUAGAGUCGGAGGCCCGUGUCGUCCACGUGUCGUCCACGUGUGACAGCCUCACCCACCAAAAGGGGGCGCGCUGUAUUUGUAGAAGCCUGAUGAUAAGUUACAGCACGAUUUCUUCAGAGACGGGGUCACCUCCUCGGAUGUUCACAGCGUGACACGGAGGACCGAUGUCUUCCACGCCGGCCCGUUUUAACAGCUGUCCUGCUGUUAGUUCAGCAGCAUUUUAUCGUGUGGCUGCUGACUCGGGAGCGGGGUCAGAGGUGGGCCUCCCUGAGCGUCCUGGUGGACUGUCACACUCUCCUUCCCAGGGUCAAAGACACCUUUAGAAGGUGCCCGAGGGAGACGCUUUUCCCAAGUGUUAACGAUGCCCAGUCACUUCUGAGAAUCCCACUAGGCGUCUUCCGUGGACAUCUGGGAUUGCCGUUCCCAUGGAGAUCUAUCUGCUUGGUCCUCUGUCACAUGGGCCACCCCGAAGGAAAGCUUUCGUUAUCACCAUUAUGCCACUGAGAUAAAGUGUUAGCAAAGUAUGGUUCAAAUUCACUUGCGAUAUGACCAAGAGUUCUUCUCUUCCAAAAGAUGAAUUUUAUUGUAAAUAGUUCCUCGAAAUAUUUUUAACUGGAUGGUGAGCAUGGGGAGAGAAGGUUUCUCAGCUGCUAAGAAUUUCCCCACUGUUUACUUCUUCGACUUACAGUGGUAUUGCAUAUGAGAUGACAAAAUUGAAGGUUUUAUUUGUAUCUAUUACCCAAACCAUUAAAUUGUCUUUAAUUUCCUCAUCGUCUUGGAGGCCUCGUGCAUGAGGAGCUGGUGGGGAAAACUCUCUCUAGCCCGUCAGCAUCCUAACCCAGGAACAAACUGUCCCGUCAGAUAGCGUGUGAAGCCAGAUUUUGGUCCUCUUCCAGACCAGACAUUGAGAUGGACGCAUUCGUGUAAAAUUCUGUACAUCCUGUAAGUGAAGAGACAACUGGCAGCAGUUGCUUUUAAAAAGGUCACUAUAAGUACUAUAUAGUACAGUAUUAAUUUAUAACAGGAAAUCGUAUCUCGUAAACUGUAUAUAAAACACUGUUUUAUGGUGCAAUCAUUUGUCAGACUUUCGUCUGUUCCAUUGUUUUUAGCGUGUGCAUUAUUCUCAUAUCUAAGAACAUCACUGUCAGAUCUGCUGAAAACUCUUUAUAGGUCUUAUUUGCACAGGACUUAGUUUGAAAGUUUUGGAAGCUCCUAUUAAACAUGCCUAAACAUCUGUAAACGUGGAAAAUCUUCAUUAAAAGCAAACAUUUCAGUAUGGUUCUUUCCAAAGGUAAUCCAUGUUCUAUGUCGUUAAUGUGCAUAUGUAAUGUUCCUGACUCUUCUACUUCUUAUAAACUUAUUUUCUGUUCCAUUCGUUUUGUUUUUUUGAAGGACGACUUUUUUUUUUUUUUUUUUUAAUGUUCUA